AUGGCUCAUUGGUUUCACAGGAAUCCCAUCAAAGCAACCGAUAAAGUCACAUUUGAUUUGAAAUCAGUUGCGACUACUGAACAGUGUAUUCAGAUUUGCAACGAUUUGCGAGUUCGUCGUAAAAAUCUUUUGGAACUGUUCACAAGUGCACAUAAUGACUUAGAGAUCGUAACGAAUGAAUUCAAUCAGUAUCUUUCUCUUUUUAUGGGAUUCAUUUAUGAAGUACCUCGAAACACCGAGAAAAAGUUAGCUGCGAGUAAACUUCUGCCCCUGAUUAGGUUCACAUGGGCGAAUUCCAUGUUGGGGGAGACUGUUUGUGAAGUGAGUAAUAGUUGGUUCGAAGUUUUGAAUAUGCUUGUGAACAUGGCCUUGUGGUUAAUGAAACAUGCUGCUUCAAUUUCAGCCAGAGAUGAAGUAUCAGAAACUGAAAGUAAACGAAUAUAUUCUUGUUUACGUCGUGCAGCUGGCAUGUUCAUUUUUGUGCGUUCAAAUAUUGAUAAAAUUGAAAGGAAGCAGUUAUUGAAAGGCUGCGAUUUGGAUUCUUCAGUAUUGUCAGCGUAUAUCACUCAAUGUAUAGCAGAAGCGCAAGAGAUAUCUGUGGCCCGUGCAAUUGAGCUGAAACACAGUUCGUCAUUGAUCUCAAGCCUUACUCAUAAUACCAGUGCUUUAUUCAUUGAAGCAGGUUCACUUUUGCUAAGCUACAAAUAUUUGCAUGAGCAGGAUCAGUCAAUUUUUAGCAAAUGGAGAUUUUACUUGUUGUUAAAAGCACAGAUCUAUUUAUCUUAUGCUUAUGCAUUCUUUGGAAAAGACCUUUUGUCAAAUGGUAAAUGUGGGAAAGCAAUCCGAGCCUGCAAGGAAGGAGUAUCUAAUUUCAAUUUGGCUGAAGAAUAUGUUCAAAAAUAUUCCGGAUCUUCAGGACCUGGAAUGAAAGCAAAACCAGAAAACCACCUUUUUUAUCGACGUAUAAAACCACUUUUAAUACGAUAUCUCGAGCAAGCGGAGCGGGAAAAUGGUUUUAUAUAUCAUCAGACCGUUGCUGAUGAAUGUCCUGCAUUGGAUAAAACAGCUGAGUUUGGUCUAGCGCGCCCUGAAGAAUUCAGAUUACCUCCAUUUAAUAAUGUCUGGUCAUACUCCGUUUACACAUCAUUCAAUUUGUCAAAAGCAACUAUGCCUGAUUUUUCUAAAAUCAAAUUGAGCAAAAAAAGUCUUCCACCACCGAAAGAAGAAAAACUUUAUGAAACAGAUCUCGAUCCAAGAAAUUUAAGUGGUUGUGCGGUCAUGUAG